UAUAACAAGUGACUGUUUAGCGUCCCAUCAGAACGGUGCGUAAAAGAGAUUGCCUUUUGCGAGAAUGCCUCAAAUCAUGGCAGAGGCGUUCGCGAGAGGAUUGCUAGACAAGAUAAUGAUUGAAGUUCUAGACGUUAUAGAUCGCGAUGCAGAGGAUGGAAAAUCCUGGAAACAGCACGUCACUGAAGAAACAGACGAUACUCAACUGGAACAUGUACACGGUAGACCGCAAGCAAACGAACUUACACGCAUACAUUAUAGCAAGGCCGACGAAAUAGAAUUGAUUGCAAAGAUAGUUCGUGAUUUGCGUGACAUACGGAUCGGAGAUUCGCGUUAUGUUCUUCCGCCUUCAUUGUUAACAUUGGAGAAACAGGAUGGGAAGAUCUACUCACGAGACACGCGCUUGUCUUUGCUUGAACAGGUGAAAUACGCCACUUGCAACGUCGACGAUGCACCGCUUAUGAAUAAUCCAGCAACCGACAUAGCCGAAACUCAACGCACGACCCGAGGUCAAGGCGACACGUAUCAGAUUAACGCGACAAUUCUCGAAUCAUUGAUUGAAUCGACGGAACCAGUGAAAUUGAUUCGAAAGAAAAAGGAAGGAGAAGCGACUAACGAAGCGACUAACGUGUCAGUUGAUUUACUACAACAACUGAUCGAAGAUUUAGAGAACAAAACAGUCUCGACUUGCUCUAAGGACGAUGCCUCUUUAGACUCGGUCAGUAAGGAAUGCAUUGCCGUUUGGGAGGAGAAAGAAGAGGAAUUUAUUAGGACUAUUGAGGGCAAUGUUGACACUAGACAUGAGACUACAACGGGGACUCUUCAAGGUAGCGAAUCAAACAGUCGCUUCCGCAUUAUCAAACUGAAGCACGAUGAAGAACUGAGAUCUCACUCAAGUCAACAUGUGGCGUCCACCUCAAGAGAAGCCGACCUCGAAGAAGUUCAUAUCGAGAAACGUGGAUCGAAUUCGUUAUCGUCGUUGAAACCAUUGUGCGAUGAUGACAAGAAGACCAUAGAUCAGAUAUUACCCAUCGACGACGCAGAGAAGAGAAAAACGUUCAAUGAAACAACAACAAAAAAGAAGAAGAAGAAAGGCUUUGGCAGUCGACUGAGGAAACUCUUCCGCACCUCCUUCGGCCGUCAGAAGAAUUGAUUGCUGAGUUCCGGAAGGAAAAUGCUAUCUCAUGAUCUACGUUAAAUGGCGGGCGAUUCCCUUCGUUUGCUCGUACAACUUUUUAGUCAUGUAUUUUUUAGAAGGAACACGCCCAUAAAUACAUAGCGAGUAAAAAUAACCGGUAGCGUAGUCACCAGCCGCGGGUCUUCGGCAUCCAACACGACUUCGGUGCAACGCGUGAAUCAGACUCUAUACAUUUCUAGAUGGUAAUCGCAAACGUUGUACACAAACUCGCAAAAUUCUGUAAAAUAUAUAAUAUCUGAUGAUCUCAUAAUGCGUGUCACAUUCUUUAGUUUAAACACUUUAAGUGAUUUAGUUUAGAAAUUGAUAGAUAUAGAGAUUACUAGUGAUAUCGAAGUUUGCAGAAUAUAUUUUUGCUUGAUGCGUCCAUCGCGCGGGCACUGCAGAUCUGGCAAUCUGACAUAGGAAUGUCAUCGUCGAAGUCUCAUUUAUCGCAAUAGGAAAAGACAUUCGCCAACUCUCGCCUCUCUCUCGUCGCUUCUCGAACUGUUUUUGGAUCGCGGUGUUGCC